GUUGUGUUGGCCAAUGAGCGGAGGUGUGGGCGGGACUACGGCGAGGUGCAAACAUGGCUGCGUCCUUAGACGAUGAUGUUGACGCCAACAACCAGGAUUACUACUCCCUGCUCAACGUCAGGAAAGAGGCUACUCAGGAGGAGCUGAAAGCAUCAUACAGGAGACUCUGCAUGCUGUACCAUCCUGACAAACACCGCGACCCAGAGCUGAAAAGACAAGCCGAACAGCUCUUCAACCAGGUGCACCAAGCUUUUGAAGUGUUGAGUGACCCUCAUGCUCGAACCAUCUACAACCUUUUCGGGAAGAAAGGCUUGGAAGUGGAAGGUUGGGAGGUGGUGGAACGAAAAAGAACCCCUUCAGAAAUUCGGGAGGAGUAUGAACGUCUCCAGCGAGAAAGAGAAGAGAGGAGAUUGCAGCAAAGAACAAACCCCAAGGGCACCAUCAGCGUGGGCGUGGAUGCCACAGACCUCUUUGACCGUUACGAUGAGGACUUUGAGGAGAUGCCAGGCGGAGGUUUUCCUCACGUUGAGAUUAAUAAGAUGCACAUCUCCCAAUCCAUAGAGGCUCCUCUGACCAGCUCGGACACGGCAGUGCUGUCUGGCUCUCUCUCCACACAUAACGGCAAUGGUGGGGGCAACAUCAACAUGACUGUGCGCAGGGUUACGUCUGCCAGAGGCUGGGGAGAGGUGGAGUUGGGGGCCGGAGACAUCCUGGGGCCUCUUAUUGGGCUGAAGGUGUUUCGUAAUGUCACUCAGCGAUGUUUCUUGACAGCACAGUGCGGCCUGCAGUUUUCCCCCCGGGGAGUACGCCCCAGUUGUUCUUUGAUGACAGCACGCCACCUGGACCAGAACACCAUGGGUUAUCUUCAGUGGCGCUGGGGGCCCAACAGUGCCAUGACUACAAGUGUGGUGCGGGACACCAAGAGCAGCCACUUCACUCUGGCUGUGCAGCUGGGCGUCCCUCACUCCUACCUGAUGAUGAGCUACCAGUACAAGUUCCAAGAUGACGACCAGACUAAAGUCAAAGGCUCCGUCAAGACGGGCUGGUUCGGGACAGUUCUGGAAUACGGAGCAGAGAGGAAGAUCAGCCGCCACAGUGUGCUGUCAGCCUCUGUCAGUGUGGGCGUCCCUCAGGGAGUCACACUGAAGAUCAAGUUGGCACGUGCCAGUCAGACCUACUUGUUCCCGCUGCACCUGACGGACCAGGUGCUGCCCAGUGCCAUCUUCUAUGCUACGGUGGGACCGCUGCUGGUGUACAUGGCCGUCCACAAACUGCUCAUCAUCCCCUACACACGAGCACAGAAAGAAGAAGAGCUGGAGCUGCAGAGGAAGAGCUCGGCCACAGACAUCGCCAAGAAGAAGCAGGAGGCGGAGUCUGCUGUCCUGCUGAUGCAGGAAUCUGUGAGGAGGGUCAUAGAGGCAGAAGAAUCCAAGAUGGGCCUGAUCAUCCUCAACGCCUGGUACGGCAGGUUUGUGUCCGACAGCGGCCAGAAGAAAGCCAAAGUGGUGGACGUCACUGUGCCCCUGCAGUGCCUGGUCAAGGACUCCAAACUGAUCCUCACCGAGGCGUCUAAGGCGGGCUUACCGGGCUUCUACGACCCCUGUGUGGGAGAGGAGAAGAGCCUGAAGCUGCUCUACCAGUUCAGAGGAGUCAUGCACCAAGUCAUCGCCACAGACACUGAGCCGCUACGGAUACCCAAACAAUCUCACAGGAUUGAAGCGGAGUCUUAGGAACUGGAGCGUGCAAUCAAGGAACAUUUCAACAGACUUUUGGAGCUUCCUGUGUAGGACAGUAUCAGCCUACCCCGACUCUCCCUCAUGGGCCCACUCCCAGACCUUCUGCUGCGAUGUUGUACCUCCUGAAGGAGGACCUGGUGGAUCCUCAUCCUCAUCCUCUCAUAGUUCUGCUGCGAUGUUGUACCUCCUGAAGGAGGACCUGGUGGAUCCUCAUCCUCAUCCUCUCAUAGUUCUGCUGCGAUGUUGUACCUUCUGAAGGAGGACAUGGUGGGAUCCUCAUCCUCAUCCUCAUCCUUUCAUAGUUCCAGCAACCAUGCAAGGAAAGGUGCUGUUUUACCUCAUCUUCUUGUGGACUUCAUCCUAUGUGUGGUCUUCAUAUAAAAUACGUGUCCUUAGUUUUCUGGGGUUUGACUUAACUGCCAUGGAGCUGCAAUGUGGAUCCAUGAAAGGGAAGUGACAUAUUCGCCAUUUCCUGUUAUUGUUUUCAGGAACUGCUCAGACCCUUCCAUCUAGAAUGGUUUUCAAAAGGUAAUAAUGGAUUAGAUUUAUGUAACGCUUUUCUCGACACUCACAGCUCUUCACAGACAACUGCUCAUUCAUUCACACGUUGAUGGUGCUGAGCUACAUUUGCUGCCCUGGGCUAGACUGGAAAUAGGACUGUGUUGACAAAACAAUGAACAAUGCAAAUAUUUAUUCACAUUCAACAAUACCAACAUGACUUCAUGGCUGCCACAGUAGGAUCUCAAUUUACGAGCUUAAUUGGUUCUGUGACAGAGCUCUUAACUCAAAACACUUGUAUCUCAAAUCAACGUCUCCCAUUGAAAUCAAUUUAAUUGGCGCUUACCCCCACCAAAACAGCACAAUUUGAUUAUGUAACUUGCUUUUAAAAAAAUACAUCUAUAAUAUUUAUUGUAUAAAAACAAAACAAUAGGAUGUACUACUAACAACUAUAGUAGUUUCAUGAAGUUUUCUCCGGGCUACAGAGCACACCAAUAUUUAAGCCGCACCCAUCAAAUUUUAGAAUAUAAAAAUAUUUUACAUAUCUGCACCAGAUUAUAAAACGCAGAUUUUGUAAAUGUUUAUUUACAUACCUUAAUUGUUUCCAAACGUUGUCUGUAACAUGGCAGUAAAACGGCUGAUCAAACAAAACAGAAGUCAUGGUCAUGGACCCACUAGCUCGCCAAUCAGCUAAACACACUCAAUAACUCCACGGUGGCGUUUUGGUGAGUUUACGAAACUGAAAAAAUACAACAAGAAUGACAAUGUAAGUUAAUAAUCCUGACACAGACACUUGUAAACCUGUUAGCUAAUGCUAAUGACGCUCGCUUCAUUACGUUAUGAAAGCACGUACAAAUAUGCAUGAAAACAGUCCUACAGACAUCACGCGUGGGACUGUUUAGUAAGUAAGAAUUGUUUUAGUUAUAUUGUAAAACCGAAAAACGUUGCAGAGAGUGACAAAUGAAGAAUCCUUUAGAGCAGAAACCCUAUGGACGGUUGUGUUUCCGGUUCAAAACAGGAAAUACAUUUUCAACUGGCAGCGCCUGCAGUGAGCGAUCUCGUCCAAAAGAUGGCGCCGUAGCACAAACAACAACACACCUUUUCAGUGUCUCUGUGGGUGUAAUGUGAAAACUAUUUGUUGAACAUUAUGGCCCGUUAGCAAAGAAAAAUCCAUAAAUUAGCCGCAUCGUAUUAUAAGGGUGGAAAAAAGCAGUCUGAAAAAUAUGAAGUGAAGUAAAUUAUAUUUAUAUAGCGCUUUUCUCUAGUGACUCAAAGCGUUUUUACAUAGUGAAACCCAAUACCUAAGUUACAUUUAAACCAGUGUGGGUGGCACUGGGAGCAGGUGGGUAAAUAGUCUUGCCCAAGGACACAACGGCAAUGACUAGGAUGGCGGAAGCGGGAAUUGAACCUGGAACCCUCAAGUUGCUAGCACGGCUGGCACGGCCAACCGAGCUAUACCCCACCAAAAUACAGUAACAAUGUUCAGAAUUUAUUUCCCAGUUGCCUCUCCGUCAAACACACCAUCUGCAGCCUUUCCAUAUUGUCAUGGAUAAAUGUCCGCCGUUUAGAUUUGAACAUUCUUAGCUGGCUCGGUGUAGACUCACCGUGAUACGCUCAAAUGACUUCGUUGAGUCAGCGACGCGCUCGAUCAUUUAUUUAUUUCUUUAAUGUAAUUCUUCUUCUCUGCACUUUCGUCCUUGCCAGGCUUGGAAAAACAAAGUCAUGUCGAUAUUCUCGCUCUAAGUAGUAGUAAGAAGUAACCAUAACGCAGCGAGUAAGAAUUAACCAUAACGCAGCGAGUAAGAAGUAACCAUAACGCAGCAAGUAAGAAGUAACCAUAAUGCAGCGAGUAAGUAAGAAGUAAUCAUAACGCAGCCAGUAAGAAGUAACCAUAACGCAGCCAGUUAGAAGUAACCAUAAUACAGCGAGUAAGAAAUAACCAUAACACAGCGAGUAAGAAGUAACCAUAACGCAGCGAGUAAGAAGUAACCAUAACGCAGCCAGUAAGAAGUAACCAUAACGCAGCUAGUAAGAAGUAACCAUAACGCAGCC